ACGUGUUAGUCUUAACAGAAGUCUCACCCGGAAGCAAGUAAGAAGACAAGAACAUUUUCAACGUUUAUGUUGUUUUUAUGUAUUUUUCGCCGUUUUGAAAGUGAUAUUUUUAUAAUCUGAAAAGGGUAGACAUCUUUGACUGAGAUGACUGAAAAGGCAGGUUCUCCCCAAGCAAGAACUAUACUUCAGCAGUGUCUACAUGCGCGGCUCCAGGUUAAACCUGGAGAUGAUGAAUCUGAGGCUGAAUGGGUGGAGAUAAACAGAGGGAUGGUGAUCUAUGUCUGCUUUUUCAAAGGUGCUAUAGAAGACAUUAUCCCCAAAAUGGUGAACACACUGCUCAACCUGAAGCUGUGCGAGGCUGAUUCAGGGAAGUAUGUAUCCGUGCUGGACCUGCCUGGCAGCAUCCUCAUAGUGCCACAGGCGACACUAGGAGGCAAGGCCAAAGGGAAGGGAAUGCAGUACCACAACAACAUUGAGAAAGAUCAGGGCCUGCAACUCUAUUCUAGCUUUGUGUCCCAGUGUGAGAAGGAGCUGGCUUUGUCCAUUAAGAGUAGUGAAAAUGGAACCAUUGUCCAACACGGCACUUAUGGGAACAGACAAGUGCUGAAGUUGGAUACAAACGGACCAUACACACAUCUGAUGGAGUUUUGAACCUUUCUUCACAAUUUUUUCAUUUCACUGUAAAUUACCAAUUGUAUUCUUGGUCUUGGUGUGACUGUAUAGUGAGCCAAGUUUUUAUAACCUUGGACCAGUAACUGAAAGUUCACUUGUGAAAAAGCAGUAUCCAAAGGAAGAAUAAUAUGUGAUCAUUAAUAAAGCACUUUGUGACUACUAGUGUUAAAGGGCUUUAUGAAAUAUAUUUGAUUGAUUGAUCAAUAUAGUCUUAACUCAAAUAUUUAACUGUUAAUGGGUUAAUGACAUCUAGUGGGGAUAUACAGUAUGAGCACUGCACUGGCAAAAUAAUAUUUCUUUCAUCACAACCAUACCUGAAAAAUCUCUCAACAUGAUCAUAUCAUUAGUUCAUUUAUUGUUAUAUUAGCUGUAACUUACUUUGCUACUAGUGUAAUAAAAAAGGAAAUAUAUAAAU